AGGAACCGGAAAUGCAGCGCGGAGAGUAAACGCGGAAGUGGAUUGUCGGCUGCUUAGUGCACAGCCUUUGUGUUUUUGUUUUGUGACUAGGUGUAAAGAGGGAAAAUGGCUUUGUCUUAGUAAUACUUAUUGUAAGGUUUUGUGAUUUGAAAGAGGAUAGGAUAAUUUUAGGAACCUGUCAUGUGCCGGUUUAUGUAAAAUUAUCAGAUUACAGAGCUAUUUAGCUGGUUAGCUUCCGUGCGUUUGAGUGAAUCUAGGCCUGUGCGAUUACUGUAAAAUAAACUUCAUAGUCUUCCGCUAUGCCUGGAUCUGACUGAGUAAACACGAUCUGUGAUUAAACAGGACAGUCUCUGAGUUAAGCCCCACCGUAUUGUGCUGUUCAGCUGUAAGUUUUGGUUAGUGGAGGAUGUACGCCCCAGCAGGAAGCGCUCUUCCGGCAGCCCGCAGGAGACGAGGUGGGCCUGCCGUUCCCAAACAGCCCGAACGCAGUCUGGCAUCUGCAUUUCCUGGUGCACUCUCCAUCACAGCCCUGUGCACGGCCCUGGCUGAACCGGCAUGGCUGCGGGUCCAUGGAGGAACCUGUCCCAGGCAGGAGCUUGGGGUGGCCGACGUGCUGGGAUACAUAGACGAGAAACUCAUUGAAGACUACUGCAUUAAUUCCCAGACGAUUCUUCUAUUGCGAGUCAUUGCUGCCUUCUGUUUUUUGGGCAUCUUGUGUAGUCUGACAGCUUUUCUUCUGGAUGUCUUUGGGCCUAAACACCCUGCUCUCAAAAUUACACGCCGAUAUGCCUUCGCUCAUAUUUUUACAGUUCUACAGUGUGCCACUGUGAUUGGCUUCUGCUAUUGGGCUUCGGAGCUCAUCCUCACCCUACAGCAGCAACACAAGAAGUAUCACGGAUCGCUUAUCUACGUUACGUUCGCCAUCAGUUUUUACUUGGUGGCUGGAGCUGGAGGGGCUUCCAUUUUAGCCACGGCUGCCAAUUUGCUCCGCCAUUAUCCCACUGAGGAAGAGGAGCAGGCCCUAGAACUACUUUCUGAGAUGGAGGAAAGCAGUGAGACUUAUCCAGUUGACUAUGAUAUUGCCAACCAGUUCCAACCACCACCUGCUUACACACCCUGAUGAAAAAGCAUUCUUAAGUCUUUUCUGUUGUCCAGCCCUCCCACCCCAUGCUUAAGGUACCUUUUCUCAGCUUCCCAACAAGCCAUGGUCCAUGUGCCAUGUAAUAAAUCAUCUAUAUGCCUAGUAUUGCCAGUUUGCCCUUGUCUCAUCUUCAUAUUUUAAAUUGCCAGUAUUUUAUUAUGGCAGUGCUUCUGGAAUGGCUGAUAAUCACUGGGGAAAUGCUUAUCUUUUGUUACCAAAGUUUGCAUGUAGUUGCCUGGAAAGGCUUAAGACCCAAACAAAACUCCUUUCCGUUUGGGUCAAAAAACUGGCAUGCUUUACUAUGUACUAAUGUGAAGCUAAGCACAGACUGAGAUUAAGCAUACAGUAAUCCAACUUUUAAUUAGUUUUAAGAACUAUUGGUUUCCUCCACUUUUCUUUUGCUAAUUAUUACACAUCAGUCUCUUGUGACAUUCCACAUAUAAAAUGCUUCACAUUGUAGUUAACUUAAAAAGCCACCAUAAUUAAUGAUUUCUAAUCACAUUAGAUCUAACUUUCAGCCGUUCUUGUUUAUAUGCAUACAUAAAUGCACGCACACAAAUCAACCCAAAGUGUGUUUUCACUUUUCCGUGCACAGACACUGUUAACAAUAUUCCACAAAAUCCAGUUACCGUAUUUUCACAGGGGGUGGUUGGUUUCUUUUUCUAAACACUGAAACUUAAUUAAACUCUGCACUUAACAAAUGCCCAGUAUGUUUUAUAUUUAUGUAUUUCAUGUUUGAUAAAAUUUUAAGUGUUUUUUUGGCUGGUCAGAACAAUUGAUCUUAAUGCCAGAGUUUGACUUUCUGUAGAUACAUUUUAAACCAGCCUUUGCAAAACUGUGCAGCAGAAAUGUCCUCAUUUUUGCCAAAGUCUUGUGAAAAAAAAAAAAAAGUACUUUUAGCUGGUUAGAUAUUUGAUGAUGAGUGUCUUUUGAGAAAACACACAUUUCCCACAGCUAUACAGAUAGGCUAUUUAUUUUAUCUUGUAUAUUGUUAAUUAUUCAUUGCACAUGGUCUUAUCAUCUAUCAGCUUUGAUCUCCAUGGCAUUUCCAUUUUUAUUAGGCUCAUCGGGUGUGCUCUAGAAGUGUUCUGUUGUGCCAAUUUGUGUUAGCGUGUUCAUGGUUUCUUUAUAAUUAUAAUCCUACGUGGUGUUGUGUUUUUGUUUUGUUUUUCCGCGGUGGGUUUUGUUAGUUUAUGUAAUUGUGAACAUCCUAGCUCACAGUGCAAUUUUAUCUGAGAAAAUCGCAAGUCUCGUGUGUAUUCAUAUGAUUGCAGUUCACUUAAAUUGUUUAUAGUUCUGUAAUUGUUUAUUUCACAGCAUGCCCUGACUAUGUCGUGUGUGUGUGUGUGUGUGUGUGUGUGUGUUUACUCUUUGAUCAGAGAUCUAAGUGUAAACAUGUACUAUUAAAUUUUACACCCGUUUUUUCUUCUUUCGGUUUUAUAUUGGGGUGGAUUGUGACAAUUCUGCUAUGUUUUCCCUUCUGUAAUCAUUUAUGUAUCUUUUGUCAUGGAAAAUAAAGGUCCGCAGACCAUGUUUGUGGUA